AACUGCAAAAUGAGCUGCAACAGAGGUCCAGGCCUGACUAUAAAUGUCACACUACAGAGCAUGGAAAAGCAUUCCUAGCAAUGGCCAUGUGGAAUUUUCCUGCAGAAAAUUGAGCAGGAAGUGGAAAGCAGGGAUCUCUUCACUGCUGUUGACUAAACAUAUGCUGUCCAUAUGUUGGAUGCAUCAGCUGGCUGGGGCCAAGGAAAAGCUGCAAUAGCUUCAGCUUGCUUUUUCUGCUAUCCAGAAUGAGCACAUUAUCAUGGGUGCUCAAUUAAAGAAGAAGAAACACGAGGAGACAGGCAGUCAUGCAGGGGUGUAUCCAUUUCGGAAGUGAUAGUGGUAAUUCAAGAACUCUUUAGUGAUGGCUUCAGGCUUCACUUCCCAGACCUUUGUUCUUUCAAGCAAAGUUUAUUCUUUCACAUGAUGGACUCUGUUAACCAUACACACACAAAGUUCUUGUAUAACUAGCCUGAACCUUUAAAUGCUCUGCCAAGUCCUUUACAAGUCCCCUUUCUCUUGAAGGAGAAGAUACAUUAUACUCAGUAAUGGAGCAAAACAACAACAGUGUAGAAGAUUUCUCCUUGAAUGUUUUUUCUGUCACUCCUUGUCAGCCAAACAGAUCUGAUGCCCUGGUGUCAGAUGGGGAUAAAGCUGGCACCACUCUGCUCUUUUCAGGUGUGUUUUUGGGACUGGUGGGGAUCACUUUCACUGUGAUGGGAUGGAUAAAAUAUGAUGGCAUUACUCACCUGGAGUGGACUCAGUUACUAGGGCCUAUUCUGCUGUCUGUCGGAGUGACUUUUAUUCUGAUUGCUGUUUGUAAAUUUAACAUGCUUACGUGCAAGCCCUGUAAAGAAAGAGAGGAAAAUACGUCGGAACUUGACCAGGCUGCAAGCGGACAGUCCUUUGUCUUCACUGGCAUUAACCAGCCUAUAACUUUCCAUGGUGCCACAGUGGUACAGUACAUCCCUCCGCCGUACCCGUCCCAGGAAGGCGCUGCUGGGAGUCCCAGCUGCCUUCACCCAGUGCUCAGCUGCUGUGGUGCUGCUCCCCCCAGCAUCUCGCCAGUUCUCACCUCGCGUUCUCCUCACUGCUGCCCUGCCUACGCCCUGGACAACCUGGCCUUUACUGGAGAUGAGAACUACACUGCUUAUCCUGCAGAGAGUUCCAGGAAUCAGAGGUCAGAAGAGAGUUCUGAUGAACCAGAAGGAAUGCUGGAAGACCAUGCUCGUAAUAACUUGUCACCUCCACGUUAUGAGGAAAUAUACCCUUUUUCUUCAUAAAAUCGUCAUGGACAAGACACAACAAUCCUAAGAGAGGCUAGCAAGAAUCCCAGAAAAUCUUUUCUUUAAACACUUGUAUGAUAAGACAGUGUGAGCAAGUUCUUGAUAUUCAUACACAGUAUCACCGAAGAUAUUUAACUUACCCCUUCCUUUUUCUCUGUCAAAAUUCAUAGCGCUUUGCAAUGCAGCCUAAUAGCAGAGCUAUUAAUUAUUCAAUGGCUAAACUAUUAAUAGCAAAGCUAUUGAACUCAAGGAUUCAAAUCCAUAUUAGGAUUCCCCAACAAGAAGCUUGAUUUUCAGACUUGCUGAAACCAGGAGACUUGCUGAAACCAGGGAGAACUGUGAAUGCACAAGAUGUUUGUGGAAGAUCAUGAUUGCUCCUGGACAUUCAGCAUCUUUAGAAAAUACUUUCUUUUUUCUUGAGGUAUUUUCAUUUUUGAUUGCUUGGGAAACUUCAAAAGUGCUCAAGUGUCUGAUCCAUGAGAGUGCAUUUUAUGCCUUAAUUUUGUCUGAAUCUUUAGAAGAAUUUACUCAUUAAUAAGUCCAGUCUACAGAUUAGACUUUCUCAGCUUGCUUUAGCCGGACAACCGGUCCUGUUUCACAUCCCAGUCCUGUAUGCAUUUUUUGGGGCAUCCUGCUUGAACCGCAGCAUCUCAAAACAGAGAAAACAAAUAGUGACUUCUGACAACUUUUACAUAGAUCUCUUAAGACAUCCUGCAUGCAUCAAAUUCAGUUCCCUUCCCUGCCUGAUGGGAGGCAAAGCACAGUCUCCCACCAGGAGUCCUAAUAACUAUGAAGUAAAUGUUACUAAAGAAAAUGGCAUCUUUCUGAAGCCUCGACAGAGAUAUGUGAUUCUGCCACUGUUAAGGACUUUGACAAUCACAGCUGUUGCACCCCACUCUGUGGGAGGGCUGUGGUGAAACACCUCUGAGGUCCCUUCUUAUUUGAAUGUGGUCUUAGGCACACAACCCAGGCUGCAGGUUGCCCCCAGAGUAUCUAGGCAACUGUGGGCUGUAGUAAACUUUCGUGCUCAAGUUCAGCUUGGUUCCAUGCAUUGAAUCCACAACAAUUUGAGAUAAGCUCAUUUGAUUAGAGAGUGAUGUUGCUGAACAUCAAGACUGUGGGUUUGAUCCCUAUAUGGGCCAUUCACUUAAGAUUUGGACUUUAUGAUCCCUGUAGGUUCAUUCCAAUUGACAAUAUUCUGUGAUUCUGUGAAAUAUAUUUACAGCUGUAUUUAACAAAAGAUGAAGUGUAUUAGCUCCAAAAUUGUGCAAUCCAGAAGGAAGAUCCAAAGAGGAUUUGCUCUGGAGCUUUUUAAACCCCAGAGCAAUGACAAUGCUACGAGUCCCUACAUUUUUAUUUUGUUUUUCCACAUAUAUUUCAGGUUCUGCUUUUGAAUGUGCCUAGAAGUGCAACAAGCCAGUAUUUCCCUAUGAUGAUUCCAUCAGGUUUGCUCACCUCCCUCAAAGCAAAAGCUGAUCUCAGCUCUCACCUGCUGGAGUGGGCACCACACAAAACGCCCUGGAGGACAAUGGUCACUGUGUGAAGUAACCAAGUGGUGCACUGCUGGUGUGCCUGUGGGGCAGUCUCCUGGCACAGCACAGCACAGCACAGCUAAAGGCAGGCAUCCAUUAUGGAAUGGAUCAACUUUCUCUUACUUGUCGUUGCAGCUGUCUUGGCUCUUGCCAGAUUUCAUCCACCUGUGAUUGAUCUCAUUCCCGGGAGCUGGAGAAGCUUGGCAUUUGAGCACAUACAGUUGCACACCAACCUGAUGUACCUGACAGCUGGAAGUCUCAGAGCUGUGCAGCUCCUCUAGCAAUCAGGAGGCAUAGGUCUGGAUGGAGAUGUGCAUUCAGAACAUUGUCCAGCUGCAUGGGCCUGCAGAUGCAUGUCUUCCUGUCCUGUACACUUAGAGGUAGCCAAAAAAAUAAAGCAUUGGGGGGGGGGAGGGGGGGGUACAAAACAACUACUGAUUUAAACAGAGUCAAAGCUGGAUUAGCAAAUGCAGCAGCAGCUACUGCACAGUGACUAAAAAGUCUGAAGUUUUUCUCAUUAGAGAAAUAUGGAACACACUGUUUUUCAGCAGUGAUGGCCUGGUGUUAGCAGGUAGUUGGAGAAGAGGAGGCACGUGUAUUUGGAGAAUACACGUUCAGCAUGAUCUCUGUGGGACUGAGUGAGAGAACAGAGGAUCUAAAAAUAAAUGCAAGUUUCUCUUA